AUGUUGCAAAACCUUGUUGAAGCAGUUGAAGGUCCAUUGGAGGAUCCUUCAGAUUUCAAGAUUGCCUUUUUGCUCCUUGCUAUAGUUGAUAUACUAUGUCCUACAACAAGCCAUAGGUUAUGCCCCCAGUUUUUACCUGCAGCGUUUGUAGCUGAAGAUGCAAAGUCCUAUGACUGGUGCUCCUUAGUAAUCGACCAGCUUAUGCAUUCUAUAGGAAGCUUUGCCAGGAGGUUCUACCCAAUGGGUUUUUCCAAAAGUUGUGGAGGGUGUACAAUAUUUCUUGCGAUCUUUUACCUAGAUCGAUUGAAAAGAACACCUAUUCAAUGGGGUGUCUUCCCAUGGAUGGCAGUGUGGACCACACAACAGAUAUCAAAGGCAAAGAAGGGGGAUCGGCAUGUGAAUGGUGAUUUUGGCAAACUUGGUACUGUAAAAGCAGUGUAUGGCCGUGCCCAUGAAAUGAAUACGGAAGGUGUGAUCCCCUUGAAAAGACCAGUUGUGGUCAUUGAGGAGGUGUAUCAAUCGAUGUUCAAUGCUGUGCAUAGUCAACAGGAGUGUGUAGAUGUAGUAGAUGAACUGAUUAACAUUAGGUGUGUGAAAAAGCGUCGGUACGGAUACUUUAAGAAAAAGGAUUUGGCAUCAGGUUCAGGUGCUGGUGAUGCACAUGUGCAACCCAACUUAAAUGUUCAUGACUAUGCUGUAGAUUCUCCAUUAAUGUCGGGUGAUGUGAUGGAUGAUAAUGAGUUGGACCAUAGGAACUUGCAAUCUCCUACAUCAUAUGAGUUAGACUUUGACUUGGACUUGGACAGAGAUAUAGAAAGUCAAAAUGACACCGAUAGUUAUAAAAGGGAGAGAGAAAGGGAAUUAUAUUUGCUAGUCGAGUUGGAGUUGGGGUUAGAGUUUCAGUUCGCUGUUGACUUGGUAAUAGAAGUUGAAAGGGAGAUGGAGUUGGGAAUGGUCUUUAUGUUGGAGUUGGCCUAUGAGUUUGAAUUGGAGAUACAAUUGUUAAAGAAGUGCGAGAGUGAUAGGAUGUAUGGAAUGGAGUUGGAAUUUGAGUUGGGCAUGGAGUUUGAGAGGGAGAGGCAAGAGGUGGUGGCUUAUGAGCAGCAGAGGGUGGGAGAUUUGGACCUGUUGUUAUGUAGUGUUCCAAAACCUUUACAAAGCCCUGAAAAAAUUAAACUUGAAAUUGGAUAUAGUUCAGAAGAGGAUGGCAGAGAGAGAGGGUUUAGCCCACAACGAAGUCGGCGAAAAAGGAAAAAUUCAGACUCUCCUUUGCUUCCUGAAGGUUAUGUGAACACUUGGCGGCCGAGGAAGUUCCGCUGAUUACGGGUUCCAUUAUAUGACUACAUAAGAUCUCAUUCCAAUGUCUCGCGCAGAUUGCAGUCACAAAGCUUUAGGGACAAUCCUGUAUUGCUAAGUGUUGAUGGGAUACAAGUGACGCUUCAUAUGUGUGCUGGAAUUGCUGCAGAAAGGGGACAAGUCUUUGAUGCGUAUGUGAGUGCUGCUGGCAAGUUGUAUGAAAAAGUUUGGGCUGCUCGCUAUGCUGAUCGCAGCAAGCGUUUCAUGUUGGAUCCUAUGUUUGCGAUGCGCGUUUUCCAAAGAAGGGAGAUGUUAAUUAAUACACGUGUGUUUACACCACAGAUGGAUGGUGUUCGUCCAAAGAGGAUAAAUGUUGUGUUUGUCCCAGUUCUUUUUGAAGGUCACUGGUGGUGCGUGGCUUUUUCAGUGAAUCGAGAAGAAAUUGUGGUGAUUGAUUCCAUUUAGACCUCUUCCGCGUCGGAGGUCCACUCUGCCAAUGUUGAUCAUUUGGUACAUAUUCCAAUUGUAAAUAUAUAACAUCUAUUUAAUAAAUGUUGAAUCCCAUUUCACUUUGUUAAUUUUCUAGUUAUUUAGAUGAUAAUUUAUACUGAUCAAGUUUAGGAUUGUGGUCCUUGACAUUCAUCUUAACUGGGGAAUUUAUUGUUAGGUCUUUUUCUGCCUUUUAAUAUUACUCAUAACCAAGGCUUUUGCUCUCAGGCUACCUACUGCCCUGUUUCAAUAGGAAUGCGUUUACUUUAUUGGUCUACUCUAUUAUUGUAGAUUAUAUUUAAGCUAAGGAUGUGUCCCAUUUAGAGGCUUUUUAUGUUUAA